GACACCACACAAUAUGAGGAGUGGAAGUCUUAUAGUUACCCUACUUUACUUGAGGUUCUACAGCUCUUCCCAUCAGUCGUUCCGUCUCCAGAGUUUCUUCUGACUCAACUUCCUUCACUACAGCCACGCUUCUACAGUAUCAGUUCUUCUCCAGAAUAUAACCCUGGUGAAAUCCACAUUACAGUUGCUGUAAUCAAGUAUCGAACACAGUGCGGGACCGGUUCCUGGCACUACGGAGUUUGCUCCACGUACCUAGCUGCUCUAUCAGAAGGUGAAGAAAUAGUUUGCUUCAUCAGAAGCGCGCCAAACUUUCAUUUACCAGACGAUAAACGACUACCGAUUGUUAUGGUUGGACCGGGGACAGGUAUCGCCCCCUUUCGAAGUUUUUGGCAACAACGCUUAUUUGAAGUACAGAAAAUGGCUCCCGAUGAUCUUAAGAAAACUGGAAAAAUGACUUUGUUCUUCGGUUGUCGCCACCAGGAUUUUGAACUUUUUCGUCAAGAAAAAGAAGAGAUGCUAAAAGAGUGUGUUUUAACUGCAGUUUAUACGGUUUUCUCACGCCUUCCACAAAAACCAAAACGAUAUGUUCAAGACGUACUUCUGGAAGUUGGAUCAACCGUUUUCAAGCAGAUUAUACAAGAGGGAGGCCACUUUUAUGUCUGCGGCGAUGUAAGUAUGGCAGAAGAAGUCAGUCAAACCCUCAAAACUAUCAUCCAAGAUUGUGGCGCCAUCUCUCCGCAUCAAGCAGAAACGUUAAUGGUGGCCCUUCGG